GAAAAGGAGAGUCAUAUGCCGCAGGGAAAGUACGGAGCAAAAACCCCCCACACACGGUCGGCCAUUCUAAAUCCCUCUGCCAGUCUCCCUCACCCUCCAGCUCCGGCGUCCGCUUCCGACCAAGUGACCAACACGAGAAGGUUUCCAGGAGAGAUCGACAUCAAACUCAUCGAAAUCUACGUCCUCGAUUGAAGAAUCCACUCUCCGAACGUUCCCCCCAGUUUAUUUAUUCUGUUAGCAAAACCUUGGAAACAUGGCUUCACGAUUUUGGACUCAGGGUGACAGUGAAAGUGAAGAGGAGGAGAGCGAUAUUGAGGUUGAAGAACCUGUAGAUUCAAUUGAUGCUGCAAAUAAGAGCAAGUAUCUUGUAUCUGAUACUGACUCUGAUAGUGAUGACUCAAAUGUGCAUCGACGUGUUGUCAAACGUUCUGACAAGCGGUAUGAAGAGAUGUCUUCUACUGUUGAUCAAAUGAAGAAUGCCAUGAAGAUAAAUGACUGGGUCAGCCUGCAAGAGAGUUUUGACAAGAUCAAUAAGCAGCUAGAGAAGGUAAUGCGUACAAUAGAUGCAGAGAAGGUGCCAGAUCUCUAUAUUAAGGCUUUAGUGAUGUUGGAGGACUUUCUGAGUGAGGCCUUUGCAAAUAAAGAAGCUAAGAAGAAAAUGAGCAGUAGUAAUGCCAAAGCUAUGAAUUCGAUGAAACAGAAAUUAAAGAAAAAUAACAAGCAAUAUGAGGAGCUGAUCGAUGCAUAUAGGAAGAAUCCACCUAAGAGUGAAGAUGAAGGUGGUGAUGAGGAGUCAGAGGAGGAAGAUGAUGAUGAUGAGGAUGACUUUGAAGAGGAUCCAACAAAAGCAGAGUCAGAAGAGGAUGAGGAUGAGGGUGAAGGUCAUGAUGAGUUAACUGAGACUGGUACAGGGUGGGAGAAAAUGCUGAGCAAGAAAGAUAAGCUUAUGGAUAAACAGUUUAAGGAUCCCAGUCAAAUCACUUGGGAUAUUGUCAAUAAGAAGUUCAGGGAAAUUGUUUCUGCAAGGGGUAGAAAGGGAACUGGAAGGAUUGAAUUGAUUGAGCAGCUCACCUUCUUGACUAAGGUGGCUAAGACCCCAGCUCAGAAGCUGGAGAUUCUUUUCAGUGUUAUCUCAGCCCAGUUUGAUGUUAAUCCAAGCCUAAGCGGGCACAUGCCUAUAAAUGUGUGGAAAAAAUGUGUGCAGAAUAUGCUUAUAGUACUUGAUAUUCUGACACAGUACCCAAAUAUUGUUGUUGAUGAUAAGGUGGAGCCUGAUGAGAAUGAGACCCAAAAAGGACCAGAUCAUAAGGGGACUAUUAGAAUCUGGGGAAACCUGGUAGCAUUUGUGGAAAGGAUUGAUGUGGAGUUCUUUAAAAGCUUGCAGGUUAUUGAUCCUCAUACACGUGAAUAUGUUGAGAGGUUGAAAGAUGAGCCAUUGUUUGUGGUUCUGGCUCAAAAUGUCCAGGAUUACUUAGAAAGGGCUGGAGAUUUGAAGGGUGCAGCAAAAGUGGCUCUCAAACGGGUUGAGCUCAUUUAUUAUAAACCACAAGAAGUCUAUGAUGCCAUGAGGAAGUGGGCUGAGCAAACAGAGAAUGCUGAGGAAGCUAUGGAGUCUGGUGAGGAAAACAAGGUGCUUGAGGAGAGCAGGGGUCCACCUGCAAUUGUUCCAACUCCAGAACUUGUUCCAAGAAAACCCACCUUUGAAGAGAAUAGUAGGACCUUGAUGGACAUCCUUGUUUCACUCAUAUACAAGUAUGGUGAUGAGCGAACUAAAGCCCGUGCUAUGCUGUGUGAUAUAUACCACCAUGCUAUCUUGAAUGAGUUUUCCGUUUCCCGUGAUCUCUUGCUGAUGAGUCACUUGCAGGAUAAUGUACAGCAUAUGGACAUUUCCACACAGAUACUUUUUAAUAGAGCUAUGGCUCAGCUUGGUCUAUGUGCAUUCAGGGUUGGACUUAUUUUCGAGGGGCAUAGUUGUCUGUCUGAGCUGUAUUCUGCUGGCAGGGUAAAAGAAUUGCUUGCGCAAGGUGUCUCUCAAAGCCGAUAUCAUGAAAAGACACCAGAACAGGAGAGAAUGGAAAGGAGGCGUCAAAUGCCAUAUCAUAUGCACAUAAAUCUUGAGCUUCUCGAAUCUGUCCAUCUUAUAUGUGCAAUGCUGUUGGAAGUUCCAAACAUGGCAGCCAAUAGCCAUGACGGAAAGCGCAAAGUCAUAAGCAAGACUUUCCGGAGACUGCUAGAGGUGAGCGAGAGGCAAACAUUCACUGGGCCUCCUGAAAAUGUUAGGGACCAUGUAAUGGCAGCUACAAGAGCCCUGCGGCAGGGAGAUUUCAAAAAGGCCUUUGACAUUAUUAACUCCCUUGACAUUUGGAGGCUGCUCCGUAAUAAAGACAAUGUUCUUGAAAUGCUUAGGGCAAAAAUCAAGGAAGAGGCUUUGAGGACUUAUCUUUUCACAUAUUCUUCCUCUUAUAACUCUCUUAGCCUGGAUCUGCUUGCCAAGAUGUUUGAACUUUCCGAUUCCCAAACUCAUUGCAUCGUGAGCAAACUCAUGAUCACUGACGAGCUUCAUGCAAGCUGGGAUCAACCAAGUCGGUGUGUGGUCUUCCAUGAUGUUGAGCAUACAAGACUACAGGCUUUGGCAUUCCAGCUGACAGAGAAGCUAGCAAUUCUCGCAGAAAGUAAUGACAGAGCAAUCGAGGCAAGGAUUGGUGGUGGAUUGGAUGGCCCUCCCUUGAGACGCAGGGAUGGCCAAGAUUAUGCUGCAGCUGCUGGUGGUGGUGCUGGGGGAAAGUGGCAGGAGUUCUUUUCGCAAGGCAGGCAGGGAGGCACUGGAGGUGGCAGAAGUGGCGGCUAUAAUAGAGGUUCGGGAUCUGGUCAAACAUCAAGGGAUCGAUCCAACCAGGCACGCGGUGCUGGAGGUUAUUCAAGUGGCAGUCAAGGAUCACGGUACCAUUCUGGGUCCGCAGCCAGGGGAAGCCAAGGGGAUGCAUCAGCUCGAAUGGUUAAUCUUAACAGGGGAAUACGAGCGUAGAGAAAACCCAGUUUUGCACCUUGAGAGAACCUACCUGACUAAUUUGACAUUUUUCUUUUUAAUUAUGUUGGUUGGAAUCAGAAAGUUUGCUUUUGUUGCAUCAACUAAAUGUAGUAUCACUUAAAUGCUUUGCUAUUUAAGUAAUCUUCGACUUGGUUUACAGAUACUGUUCUAUGUGCAUUCAAAUCUACAACUGUUAUUGAUCAUCA